GUUCUCGCUCCAGCUCUGCGGCUCUCAGCUCAAUACUGCCAUUCUGCGACGUCCACCUGCUGAAUCCUAGCCUGCAUCGUAUUCGAAGCGGCGACACACUAUAAGUCUCGUCUGAGGUGACCGGGGUCUGGAUACGCCCAUUUAGGAACAAUGGCGAACAAGAACACGGGCGUCUCAAGCAACCUCCUUGUUUCUCCCCUCCUCCUCAUCCCCCACCUCGUCUGCUGCGCCUGAACGACAAGCACGAUGUCGAUGUUCAAGCGCAUGACAGAUAAACUCGGGCACCUGCAGGUCUCUUCGCCCAAGCCGCACACAAACCUACUAGCCACAGGCGGUACCGCCUCAGCCACCCCGGCCUCGCCUUCGUCUUCUUACGCCUCUACCGCUAACACGAACGCGUACCCCUAUGCGCAGGACUACGGCGCGUAUCAACGCGAGAGCAUCUCGACGGAAUACACGUCGCUGAGCGGGUACGGCAACAACUCAAACAUCCCGAAGCCAGUCCCCGGUUCGGCCUCCUUCCCGGUUGCAAGCGGAGGUGGAGGCGUACCCGCGCAGAGAGACUGGAGCAAUCGGGAGGAGAGUAUGUACGCUGAGGACAGCAUACCGGCCAAGUUCUUGCCGCUGCGACCGAAGGGCUCGUAUCGGCUCAGCGAUUUCAUCAUGCAGAGGACGCUGGGAACAGGGAGUUUUGGACGAGUUCACCUAGCGCGCUCGAAGCACAACUUGCGAUUCUACGCAAUAAAAGUGAUGAGCAAAGACAAAAUUGUGCGUACCAAACAAGUGUCACAUACGCGAAAUGAGCAGCGCAUGCUUUGCGCGGUGCAGCACCCCUUUAUCAUCAAUCUAUGGGGGACAUUUCAGGAUUCCACGAACUUGUACAUGGUGAUGGACUUCGUACCAGGCGGGGAGCUGUUCACGCUCCUGCGGAGAUCUAACCGCUUCCCUGACCCCGUCGCCAAGUUCUACGCCGCUGAGGUCGCGCUCGCGCUCAACUACCUUCAUUCACUCGACAUCAUAUACCGUGACCUCAAGCCAGAAAAUAUCCUCCUAAACUUCGACGGGCACAUCAAGAUCGCGGACUUUGGCUUCGCGCGAUGGUGCGAGACGACCGUCUGGACACUCUGUGGGACGCCGGAUUAUUUAGCGCCAGAGAUCAUCGGUAACGCGCGCUACAAUAAGUCCGUCGAUUGGUACGCGCUCGGCGUGCUCACCUUCGAAAUGCUGUCCGGCCUCCCGCCGUUCCACGAGCCGGACAUCUCGCCCGUCAAGCUCUACGAGAAAAUCACCGUCGGCCCCACCUGUAUAAAAUGGCCGGACUUCCACCCGAACGCAAAGGACAUAAUAUUGAAGCUCAUGGCGGCGGACCCUUCGAAGCGAUACGGAAACUUGCGACAUGGUGCGGGCGACGUGUUCGCGCACCGAUGGUUCUCGGAGGUCGAUUGGGACAAGCUGCGGAACCGCGAAAUACAAGCACCGUACCUACCGCGGAUCAACGGGGACGGCGAUGCAAGCGCAUUUGAGCGGUAUCCCGAGAUCGAUGCAUCAAUACAUUACGGGGGAUUCGGACCUGAUCCAUAUGGCGAUCAGUUCCCAGACUUUGAGUAUGCCGCACUGUAGAGACUUAUGUUCGAUGAGGCUGAGAUGGUACAGAGUGCAUAGAUGGUAGCUUGUAUACUGUGAUUGUAAAAACUGUCUAGUUGAUGGACACCUUUUGUAUUGUGAAUUAUGGACUUGUCAUUGGAUGUAAAAUGAAAGAAGUAGCAAUUGAUCCCUCUAUUACUAGCAAUAUGGGUAUCCCUCAUA